CGGCUUUGCUGCAUCUUUCACCUUGACCAGCCUCCUUUCCUCUCUCUCUCUCUCUCUCUCUCUCUCCAGAUAUUUAGGGCGACGAGUAGUUUCUGUGCUACAAGCCCUCCAGCCUCAGAUACUCCUUCAUCCUCGCUCUCCAACUUAGAAUUGCAUCUCCACACACUUCCACAAUGGCUGCUCCGACAUUACCCCCGCGUCCAGCUCGCUCCACCCAGAACGUCCCCUCCAGCAGCUCCAGUAUGGAUGUCCCCAAGAUUCCUCCCCGUCCUAAGCGCAGCGCCGACCGCUCCAUUUCUCCUAACCGCGAUACCUUUGCCCGGUCCCCUUUGAACGAUCCGGCUUUCCUCACCAAUGGCGGAAAAUUUCAGCACAAAGACACCCAUCUCAGCGCUGAGCUGCCUCCCCGCCCGCCCAGCGUCACUCUCCCCUCGAUUGGCCAGGAGGGCAGCGAGUACGCGAGCCUCGAAGAGCUGCACAAGACCGACAGCGACCAGGAGCCAUCCCCACAACAAACUAAAAAUAUAGCUGGGGACUUGCCCCUGUAUGCUCCCACUGCCUCCGUCCCAAGCGCAACGGCCAAGAGCAGGAUUGCUACUGUUACGCGCACCGACUCCUCUCAGGCCGCGGCUGCCGGUAUUGGCAAGAGCCUGUUCCCGGACGAGAAGUCGGCCCACGGGCCUGAGUCGGGCUGCUCAGAGUCCUCUAACGGCGGCCGCUCCCGCCCCACGUCGAUAUACAAGGAAACCGAGGAACAGGGCAUUCCGGAAAUCGGCCUUCAGGUGCCCAUGUAUCCCAAUGCUGGAGAUGUCCAGGCCCCGACCCCCUCGCCAUAUGAGCAGGGAGCAGGCGCUACCGGAGUAGGCUUCUCUAACAAGGGUGGCCAGCCUUCCGGUCGCCAUCACUCGCGCACCAAAAGCGGGAGGGAAAUCUUCCACGGCCCACCUGGCAGCUACGGCAUGCACGGCCAUGGCGUCAUCCCGAACAACGAAUUCGAGCAGAAGUGGUACGAGCGGCAUCCCGAAGAUCUCAAGCGCGAGAAACAGGGUGAAUACGGCCCGCAUAUCCAGGAAAACCGAAAGGAUUAUCAUUGGGUGGGAGAUGACCUUGUCAAGCUGGUGCGCUCAUCAGCUAACAUGGGAAUCGGAAUGGGUACUUCAAGAGAAGUUAUUGGAACGCCUGAUGAGCAGGUUGGUUACAUGGCGAGUGAAGAGUUUGCUUCGAGGAUAACAGGCCCGAGGCCGACGUCUGGUCGCCCGCCUUCGAUCCAUAAGACUGAGAAGGUUGAGUCGCCGUUGAAGCAGAUGAGCUUCCCAGCUAACACACUUGAGAAGAAGGGCGAUGAUGAGGCGGAUGACGAGGUUAUUCACAUUGACCCUCCUUCCCAUCGUUCCAGCAAGAUCGGAGGCGGUGGCUACGACCCACCAAAGGAAGACCUUGGUCCCGAGGGCGGCAACACGGCUGAGGAAGGUGGAUGGGUCUCUGAGCGCGGCUACGGCGUUCCUAUCCUUGCCUCUGACGAAAUUGACAAGCACCCUGACGCUGAAUUCAGGCAGCCCGCUGUAAGCCCUGAGCUUGAACGCCGUGGCAGCGGCGAGUAUACAAUCAACGAAGUGGAUGGUGUUCCUUCGUAUAUUACCGGCCGCCAGAGCGUCAGCAGAGGAUCAAGCAGGAACAACAGCAUUCAUUCGGGCACUCCGGGCUUACAGAGAUUCACCAGUCCGGGUGAGCGUGACAGGAGUGGAACUCCACUCGACCAUGUCAGGGAGUAUGAGCCUCUUUUCCCUGAUGACGAAGAGCAUGAGAAGAAGCCCAAGACUUCUACCGAAAAGCUCAAGCGGCCUGACCUCGCUCGGCAUCACUUCCCGAGUCAAGAUGUGUGGGAGGACACGCCUAGCAGUCUUCUCAUUACCACUACUGUUGACACCCCUCAAGCUCCCGAAGAGCCGUCAACUCCUGGAGAAGUGGAUUCUAGCAAGGGGUUUGAGAAGCCUGCGACUGAGAAAGCUCGUAAAGAAGAUACUCCAGAAGAAGACCAGAAAUCCUUCCUGCCAGAGAAAACGAAACGUUUCGCGAAAUCAAACCUCAACAAAGACGUCCUUGGUGACAUGCCUACCCGUCCUGGCAUGCAGCCGCGCUUCCCUUCGCACGACAUUUGGGAAGAUGCCCCUGAUCAUGGCCAACUCGUCACCACUGUCAGCGCUCCUCAGAUCGAAGAUACAAACGAGUAUGCCGAAGACUCCCCCGCCGUUGAGAAACCCACCGUCCCAGCGAGACCGUUCAUAACCGCCAGACCCCAAAAAGUGAAGGAGCUUAGCCCGAUAGACAAGAAGGCUCCGGUUAUUCCUGAUAAACCGAAACCGCAAGUCCCAGUCCGACCAAGUAAACCCAUCACAAAGAAAUCAGAGGAUUCUGUUCCGCAAGUGGAAGCGAGAGACGAGGCGCCACCACCGAAAGCUAAACCACCCGUUCCUGUCCGACCAGGUGGAUCCAAGAUUGCAGCCCUUCAAGCAGGGUUCUUGAAAGAUCUGAACUCGAAAUUAGGAUUAGGACCACAGGCUCCGAAAGUCAAGGAACCGGAGCCAGAGAAGGAAGAAGAAGCGCCCAAGCCGUUGCAGGAUGCGAGGAAAGGCCGUGCGAAGGGUCCGCAGAGGAGGAAACCGACGAGUUCGCCGUCUCCGGCUGCAGCGGCUACCGCGGUUGCGGAAGUCGCCGUCCCUGCCCCAAAACUGGAGUUUGCAACGGUGAGCACGCUUUGGAGUAUUGCUGAUGAUGGCGCUGUGGAUGUGCCAGCUGCGAAGGUGGCGAAGGAGAUUGCAAAAGCGCUGAAGGUUCCAGAGAGGAAAGACACUGCUGGGAAACUAAGUGUACCAGAGGAGACUAUGGAAAAAGGGGAGGAUGUUGAACCUGAGGAGGCGGAGCUCGUGAAGACUGCUACGAAGGAAACUGCGUUGGAGAACCGGGUUCAGCCUACACUUGAGCCUGAGCCUGAGCCUGAGCCUGAGCCCGAGCUAGAGCUAGAGAGCGACGGUGGCGUGAAGCUAGAUAAGAAGGACAGUAUAGAGGUUCCUGAAUUAGUGGCGACUACUACUACUACUGUGGAGGACCCUGAAGAGAAGAUGGGGAGAAAGGGGAGUGUGGCAUAGGUGAAUUGAGACAUGCAUGGUAGCCCGUGGGUGGCGGAAGACAAAAGUUAGUCUGUGUAGAACAUAAAGACGGGAAUCGAGGGGGAUUUCAGGACUGGUAGUGUAGGAUGCAUGAUAUUAGCAUCUCGGUUUCGUCACUUGAGCAUCGUCUUUGACGGCUGAUCCCUCUUUGGACAUGUGCUACUAGACUGGAAUUUGAUGCGUGUUUUUGUUGCUGGAAAUACCCAUUUGCGAGAUCGCUGAAAGGAUCGUGUUUCGCAGUGUUGUUAGUGAUUCAGGGCAGAAGAUAGGGAAAUUUUGGAGGCUUUGGGUGUCACCGUAUAAAAGGGAUGCGG